UUGCUAUCGAUAAAGACGGGCCCAAUCAGAGCCAGCCGUUGCAGGCUGUGGCGCCCAAUGUGGCUGAAUCCCGUCAUGGACCCAAUUGCAUCCAGAUAAUUGUUCAAACAUCUCCGCCCACACGUCCUUCUCCUCGAUGCAAUCUGCAUAUAUAUCCCCAGUAUAUAUCUAGCAAUCCUUCUCACUUCGCAUCUUACCUUUCCACACUCAUCGCCAUGAAGAAUUCAUACCCUGAAAUCCAAGGCGGCGGCUCGCUGAUCUUAGCAUGGCAAGUGCGCAACAGAAAAGUUCUGGUUAUCGGCGGAGGCGAGGUCGCUGCCGGUCGUAUCGUAAACAUCCUCAAUGCUGAUGCCAAAGUCACCGUCGUCUGCCCACGUGAAGGACUCAACGACGAAGUUGCCUACCGCGUUGCCCGGAAGCAGGUCGAGCACGUCGAUCGCAAAUUCGAACCGUCUGAUCUCGAUGGCGUCGACAUGGUCCUGACCGCCGUCGACGACCCCGAAGCAUCCUCCCAGAUAUACAAGCUCUGCCACGAGAAGCGAAUUCCCGCCAACAUUGCCGACGUCCCUCCAGAGUGCGACUUCUACUUUGGAAGCGUUCAUCGCGAUGGUCCUCUGCAGAUCAUGGUCAGCACAAACGGAAAUGGCCCCAAGCUGGCCAACAUCGUACGGAGACAAAUUGCCGAUACUUUACCUCACAAUAUCGGUCUGGCCGUCCAGAGAGUGGGUGCGCUGCGGAAGAAGUUGCGCAAGAUUGCUCCCAAUAUCGAGGAGGGACCCAAACGAAUGCAGUGGAUGUCCAAAGUGUGCGAACAGUGGACUCUCGAUGACCUAUGCGAUAUGACCGAGGAAGACAUGGAAAUGCUCCUCGACUUUUACAGCCCGAACCUGGUCCCCACUUUGGACACUGUCCGCCUGCAGGAACCCGAUGGCGCCUAUGACGGCCCUUUCUUGAUUUAG